AGUUAGUGCGAUGGAUGUACGGCUGCAUGACCCUCUCGUCCAUCUUGGCCCGGCCGUCUAUGCCCUCUGGUGGCGGUCGGCGCGUCGUUGCAUCAUGUCACUCAUGUUUGUCGGAAUUUGAGGGUGCGCUACCACAGGAACACCUUACCAAACGGUCAGGCAGCAAACUUGCUCCUUUCCUGCGCGAGAAAGGCAACGCACAGCCAUUCUUCUCGGCAAGAUUCUUCUUCAACCUCUGCGAGCUUAGCACAUCCCGUCGAGAGAAGAAGAGGAGGAAGGGUGCUUCACGCCACCAGGCUUGCAAAUCCAACAGGGAGAAUGGAAAACACGCGCAUGCAUUCAUAACAAUGACAUGGAUGUGGAUCUGUGGCACUCUCUCGAGUGGUGUGAGCCAGUCAUCCCCCGCUACCUACUCAUUGCUCUUGUCACUCGGGCGAACCCAGAGAUGGCGAGCCACCGCACAGCAGUGUUUGUCUCAAAAGGCGGCCAGCCGGGCACUCGGUCGGCAUGCUCUCAGGUCUGUCUGUAGACAGACAGACAGACAGACGAAUAAAUAGACUGACUGGGUGGUCGAUAGGCUGGCUGCCACACAAGGCGAUGGAUGGACGCUCGCUUCCACAGUUCACACAUUCAUUCUCCAAAAAGAAGACGCGUCGAGACUACCAGUCACCGGACAACACACACAAAUGGAGAAGCAAAGAUGCACACGGCCCAAUCGAUCGACGACAAACCAGAGGGAACCACCCCUCCACAGCGCCCACAGAGUCAAACCACCGACUGAUCGAUUAGCUCAUCCAUCUGUGUCCACUCCUGCCCCUCUCCUCAGCUCGCCAAGGGCGCGGCCAGAGGAAGGCAAACAGCAGUGAUGGGCUAGUGGUUGCGAGGCGGUGUGGCGAGGAAACGAACAAACACAACACGCAAUGCAUUGAUUGCAUUGCCCCGCCCGGCCCGGCCCGUCCACAGCUGCCGAUCGAUCCCCCGCUACUCCUGAGGAGCGGCGAGGGCAGAGCAGCAGGGGACUGACUGACUGACGAGGGAAUGCGCUGCGGUGACAGAAAAGACCGACCGACCGACAAACGACGACAGCCAUUCAUCCAUCCAUCCAUCCAUCCACCUCUGCCACACACAUUCUUCCCCCAAAAGGAAGACGGAUGACAACCGACACUCCCAACCAUUCCGUGACUUCGCCCAACCGCCCAUAAGCACAGUCGACCGACACUGAGUGCCCCCGAGGCCCAACACACAUGAAAAACAAAAGAUGGAGAAAAUACAGAUUGAUCGACGACAAAAUGAAACCCACGAGACACCACAGGCGGCACCCAUCCGACCAGCCAGCCAAAGUCUUUGUCCGUCUGUCUGUCUGUUGCGGCAUAGAGCACCAUGCGCACACCUACACCUGCCUCCCUGUGUGUCGUCCUUACGUGUGUGUGAUCCAGCCCAGCCAGCCAGCCCUCGUGUAUGUGUGCUGGGAGCAGAGAGAGGGAUGAGUGGUGGAUGGAAGGAAAGAUACCGUACAGUCAGUCACUCGGGCACCCGGGCAGACGACACAUGAGCGGAACCAGCCACACGACGCCCUCACAAAUUGGCGGGGCAGACAGACCAAACAAGAUACUCACACAUAACACACAUACACACAUUACAAUCAGCACACGCAGGGCAGCCAAAUGACGACAAAUCACAGACAAAGAGCGGGACAAAUCGAAAAAGAGGCACGCGUGUCAGUCUGGUGCGUUUAGGUGAGUGUGGGCUGACGGAGACAUCACAGCGUUACGCUUCGCUGAUGUUGAAAGAAACACCAUCACACACCAUUGGCAGGCAGGCCACCCAUAUCAGCCGUAUCUCUCUGGUUCUGUGAAACCCAGCCCUACAGCCAGGCCAUCCCCAUCGUCUCCUCCCGCCCCUAUUGUCCCUAUCAGUCAGUCUGUGGGUGUUUGUUAUGUGUGAGUGUGUGUUGGGUCAGUUGUGUGUGUGUCCCUCCCUGCACCAGCCGCAGCACAUGCCCUCCGGGAACAUGAACGACCACACCUUGCUCCAGAAGCCCGCCGUCGGCUGCUGGGCCGCUCCCUCUGUGCCGUCCUCUGUCGUCAGCUCGCUGCCCGUCUCAGUGUCCUCCUUCGGCAGACGCUGGUCCUCGCCAAACACGAACACACUCUCUGCAUCCACACCCACACAUAUGCCGCAUCGUCUCGCGCUUCCAUCUCGUGUGUGUGGACCCACUCACCUUUCGAGACGGUGGGCAGGUUGGGCGUCUUGGUGCUCACGCAGUGCAGCGGCCGAGCCGACAGACUCAAAUCGGAAUCAGCUGCGGCCGCCUGAGUGAAGCGCAGUGACAACACCGAACACAGAGACCGUACGGUCUCCACCGCUCUCUGUUCAACUCAUUGUCUGUAUCUGCACCUCAUCGAUGGGUUCUUCUGGCGGUGAUUCGGCAGCCACCUCAACAGCACUCUCACCACCGCCGGCACGAGUCGGUGCGACGGCGGUGCUUCUGGUGGUGCCCAACCGUCCCUCACGGCUGCGUCCGUCCACGCCUCCGCUGCGGAGUCUUCCUUGCGUGAGAUGGUCGAAGGCCUCACCACCGCAGCGCGGGCCGCGUCACACGGCCCACAGCACAAGAAUGACGCCGGAUCACCCGCUGCUGCUGCUACACCACAACAUAGCUGCAGCAAUGUUAAGAACGGCAAGAAGACUUUCUCAUGUCCUUCGCUCACCUUGACUUUGUCCUGCAGCAGCCGAAUCCUUUCGCGCACCACAUCCGCCUCGGCAGGCAGCUGAGAAGAGAACCGCACACAAGCAAACAGCAAACAGGAGAGCCGUGUGUAACGUGAGCAAACGCACAGAGCAUCACGACCCGACGCCGCCACG